GAGAAGAGCCUGCAGUUCGUGCAGCAGCAGCACGCCGACACCCUGCUGAGCCUGCACGCCGAGGUGGAGCGGCUGCGCAGGGACAACCGCGAUCUUCACUAUAAACUCAUAAUGAAUCAGAAGCUGCAACGGAAAGGUGUGACUUCUACCAAUUCCCAUUUUCCCAAGUCCGGCUCAGGCACGGUGCUGGCAGGUGGUUCCAUGUCCAGAGUUAAACACUCACUUUGCUGCCCAAAGAGACAAGAGUUGGGGGAGUCCCGAGAAGAGGAGCGAGGCCCCAGCAUCAGGACGGAGAAAGGCCUGGCUGGAGCAGAAGUGGAAGUCUCCGCCUCCAGGCUGGUCCCCAUGAUGCCCUGCCAGCCCCAGUUCAAGCACGUGGUGGGGGUCUCGUCGUCUCUGAAGCUGCCCCCUCACAUGCGGAAGCUGUCCACCCUUCAGCAGUGUGAGCUGGUCAUCCGGCAGCUGUGGAACGCCAACCAUCUGCAGGCCCAAGAGCUGCAGCACCUGAAAUCUGUCCUGGAAGACGGCGGCAGACAGACUGGGGACAGCCUUCUGGGCGGCCCGUCGAAUCCCAAGCCUCAGGAGGGCAUGCAGUUUCCCAAAGUUGCUGAUAAGAAUGCAGCCAAAAAAUGUUUGAUCCUGGCUCCGUUACCCGGAGCAGAGCGAGCCGUCUUGCCGGCCCUCAAGCAAACGUUAAGAAACAGCUUUGCCGAGAGACAGAAGAAAAUGCAGGCCAUCCAGAGCCGCCGUCUCCACCGGACGGUCCUGUAACCGGCACCAGCCUGGUUCCGCCUGGGGGCCGGGCCGGGGGCACGUGCCUUCUGAGGAAGGUCCCACCACAGGCCAGAGGCAGCGACCCACCCGGAACUCCCCCCUCGACCUCGCACCCUCCUUAAAGACGCUCCAGACACCAGCUGUAACCCUCCCCAGGCCAUGGCCGGCCUCUGGGCCCGAGUGCGGCCACACUAUUCUCCCCCAAUACACACGAAUACAAAAAUGAAUUAUGAAACUAUUUCCCUGCCAGCUAGACAUUGUUGCAAUAAAUCUACAUUCCUUGUAGUCGUGGCGGUGCUGUUUGAGGAGGAGCCCCGCGCACGAGGCCCCCCCAGCCCGCCAGGAGCCCCGGACCGAGGCCCAGACCGGUUCCGUAGUUCGGCUUUAGGGGGUCACUUGGGGAAGAACCGUCGGCUCGUCUUCAGAGCCCUCCGAGCCUCGGCCUCGCGGACCCCCUUAACGGGGUCUUCGCCCUUUUCCCCUUCCCAACGGGACGGCACGAUCCCGAGGGACGGGGCCGA